CGUCAGGCAGGGGCGGGCCACGUUAAAGCCACAUUUACGCACACUGCUGAGUGUAGUGUAGUGUGUGCAAUAGGUUUCCACGCCGGUUAUAGCAAAACCGUAACAAUUCUCAGGUUUAGCUGUUCAUUUAUUGAAUUCAGGAGUUAGUUAACGUGCCGAACAACAGAUAAGACGGAGUAGCUGAAUGUUAAUGACAAGUAAACUCGAAAAGUGAAAACAUGGAGACGUAGUAAAGGCUAUAUAUGCCACUGAACAGCCCUGAAAUACGUCUCCACAUUAGGAGCACUUUACUAACAGUCCCAUAGUGAGUAUAACAACGUAUUGUAUGUGUUGGUACAGAGGAGGCUCGCAGCCAUGGCAGGCAAGGGUCGUGGAGUGGCUGCCUUCACCUUCAACAUCGAGGCUCUGGGCAUCGGCAGGGGCAGCAUGCCAGAAGCCAGGGUGGGGCCCAGUCCGCUGUUUCCAAACACAGACUUUAAGCCGGUGCCUCUGAAAGCCGGGGAGGAUGAGGACUACAUGCUGGCCUUAAAACAGGAGAUGAGGGGAACGAUGCAGCAGCUACCACAUAACAUCAAGCCUCAGUCCAAUAAAGCAGAAGUGGAGAGAUACACGGAGAGAUACCUGAAGCAAAGACAGAUAGACGAUGAGAAUUGGACUCCAGACUGGAACCUCCUCCCAAAAGAAUUGAUGCCCCAAAAGAAAAAACCUCGCGCUAAACCAGAGGCAAAGAAGAAAACUGUGAAGAUAUCGCGCAAAGACACCGAGGCCUUGCUGACUAAAUUAGAUGAACUGGAAAAGAAAGGUGACGGGAACCCUGAAAAAUCGGACGAUGAAACGGAAAAGAAAAAAGGGAAUGACGAAGAGGAAGAAGAAAUUGAAGCGGAAGAAUAUGACGAAGAGGAUAUCGAAGAGGAAAACGACUACAUCGACAGCUAUUUUGACAACGGCGAAGAUUUCGGUGCGGGCAGCGAUGACAAUAUGGACGCAGAGGCAACAUACUGACACCGUGACUCAUCCACGCAAGCUCACCGCUGACAUAAACAAUCACGUGAUUGUUUCCAUUGGUUAUAUAUUGUAGAUAAGUUGGGGAUGCUGUUUAGCAGAGUGAUAGUUUUUGGUUUGCUUUAUUUUGUGAUUUUUGAGAGGCGAGCUUUCCUUUAAAAGACUUUUGUAAAUAAGAAAUGCCAAACUAUGUGCUCACUGGCAAUAAUUUAUUCAAAAUAGAUGUAUUUAUUUUCCAGCCUGUGGCACAUUUCCACAGGUUGAAAGGCACAUACUGUCAACAUGAAAUGCUUUUUUCAGAAAGUAUCAAGUGAACACAGUGAUAAAAUAAAAGGGCUAUAUAACAAA